AUGACUGAACAUCAGACAGAACCAAAAUAUCGCUGCAUCGGAGCAGGCUUUUGCGGCACAGUUUGGGCCCAAGGGAAUGGCCCAGCCAUCAAGCGCGAGAACGGUGGACCAGAAAGAUCCCUGCCAAAUGACUAUGUCAUGCACCAGAGAGCUCUAGACAGCAUUGAAAGACUAAACGAAAUCAAAGCUGGAAGAGACAGUGGCUCUCUGGCGAACAGAUACCAAGUCCAUAUUCCAAAAUGCCACCGAUUCUUGACAGCGAACGAUCCGUGGUGGAACGAUAAUAUCCGCAUGUUCCCGAACAACUAUGAACCCUGCAACGCCAUAAUCUCAGAUCACAUCCCCCCCUUUCCGGAAGAAGUCAGAAAGCUUCUGGUGAAGAGAUAUUGCCACCCAAAGCUUCAAGAGGAGAUUUUAGGAAGCGUGGCCAACAAAGACUGCCUCAUAAGGCCGUAUCUAGGCCGAAGGCGAACACAGAGAACUGAGGUAAAACGGACACCCAGAUUCAGCGCGUUCUCGUUACGAAACUACCCUCUACAUGAGGAUCAAAUGGAAGAUCUCGGUGUUCCCCUGCACGAUAUGCAGACCUACGCGAGUAUGAUGGGAGAGGCUCUAGCUACCCUUCAUUGGCUUGGUGAAAUCGACGGGAAUGAUAUCGAGUUUGUACUGGCUCCUUCACCUGGACAAGGCAAUAUCAAAAACGUUUUAGGGGAGCACUCACUAUGGAUGCUGGAUUUUGACUUAUGCCGCUCUAUGUCAAUGGAUAUCGAUGGUGUCCGGCAAGCCGUCAGUGCUUACUGGCGGAAUGAUCCAUUUUAUCCUCGGCCCAUGGCCAAUAUGUGGAAGGAUUUUCGAAGUCAAUACUUGGAAUCUAGUGAGCAGAUAAUACGUGCAUGUUGUAUUAUAGGCCCUGAAGAACGAUUGUGUCUGGCUCGAAAGUUUAUUGACUUAGUGGAGGAGGAAAAAUGAAGAAUCAGGUGUCGAG